AUGGAUACCAAUCUUCCAAUUAAGAAGCUCGCACUUGAUCCGCCUCCUCUCUCCGAGUUGAGCCAAGUCAUUGACGAGCGAUUGAGCAAGCAUUUUGCUCAUGUCGCGGCCAGUAUUGUUCCCUGUCCCGAUCUGCGUCAGCCUCCCUUCCAUCUAGCUGGCGAGGGCCUCUGUGGCAACGAACGCAUUGCAGACGUCGGUGGACCUCCACAUCUACGGCCCACUCCACGCCUGGACAAAAAGUACUCACUGCCCACAAUCAUGCGAAUGACCGAAAUGCAGCAGCGAAGCUUUGUUUUGGGCGCAGCCGCUGGUCCAUUCCAUGUAAUCGGGCAGAACUCCGAACUCAUGCCGAACCUGGCACGCGGGCAUGAUGGCGAGUGGCAGAAUGAGACGCACUACGCAAAGGUCAAUGAAGAGGGGCAUUGUCAUCUCGACAGGGUUCUUGACGACUCAAAAGACUUUGGCCUGAUGGCCAACCUGUUCGGUUCGGAUGGUCUGCCGGGAGACGUCAUUCAUGUUCGGGCGAAGUGCCGGACAGGUGAUUUGAACUUCACGGAAGCGAUCCAGGACGUUCUGAAAACGAAAUAUGGCGGGCAGCCCAUCAGCAUGGGCGGAGUCUUUCUCGUUCGUAGUGGAAAGACCAAACUCCAUGUCAUGACUGACUUCAGUCCCGAUCCUUGUCCCGGUCCCGAUCACGAAUGGUUCAAGUAUUAUGACUCGUCGGCACCGUUAAUCUGUCUCACAGUAUUCCACUCGGUGGACUCGGAGAGCUGGGAUUUACGGAUGGAGCACACGCAUUGCUUCUCGACGCAUGGGAUGGGUGGACAUUACCACUACGACACGACGGCAGAAGAGGUAGAAUAUGAGGCCUGGUUGAACACGGCCAAGGUGGUUUAUAGGAUUGACCAGCCCGGACAAUGA